UGAAUCCAGCCUUAGUGUACGCUCAGGCCUCGUGUUUAUGUGUCUGUGGACUCUCUAACCUAGCCUGAGGAAUCUUGAAAUUUUACGAUAAAUUGAAUAUUUAUAAAUAAAAUUCACAAAUUGCAGCGUACGUAGGAAAUACUUUGUAAGAAUAUAAAACUUUAACGGAGGACGAAAACUAUUUCAAAAUGUUGGGUCGAAUUUUUAAGUGUCCCAUUAUUUCUCAAACUUUAUUAACUCAAAUACGAUCUGUCCAUCGGAUAACACACAAGUAUUUUAUACAUGACAAGAAUACCUUUUCAACAACGAUGGCUGUUAGAAGGUUUCUAACUAGACGUACAAGCUCAAAUGGGUCGCUGCAAAAUGUAUUAAUACAGCAUCGACAAAUGUCGCACCUGGAUGUAAAUACGAAAGUAAAAAACAACGUAAUUAUAUACAAAAACGAUAGGAGCUUGUAUUUCCGAAAUGCAGGACUUUUUGGACUCGGACAAAUAUUUGGUUGGACAUUAUUGGCCUUUUAUACUUACAAGCCAUCAUUCUGGGAUAUAUUCAAUACUGAUAUAAAAUUUAAGGAAUAUUUCUCCAAUCAUCUGCUUCGACUUAAUCUGUUUCUUUUCUCAAUUAUUGCAGGCCCGUUCAUGUUUUUCUUUACGUAUGUUUUGUGCUCUCGUACUGUCAAAUACAUUAUCUUAAACAAGGGUGGUAAAACACUUUCGAUUACAACUUAUCACAUGCUAAGGAACAAAUCCAAUUUCAACGUACCAGUGGGAGUGGUAAGAAACGUCUCGGACAGGACCCUAGGAAGAGUCCUAGCACUUAAAAUAAAAGGUAGAUUCUUUUACUACUUGGUUGAUAAAGAAGGCACGUUUGUAAAUUCAAAACUUUUUGAUUAUGUAUUAGGGUAAUUAAUUUUAUA